CUGAAGUCCGUUGAAACUCAAGAAACAUCUACAAGAGGGCAGAGCCUGCAUAUAUGAGCUCUGUAAAAGGCAGCACUGCUGAUCCAAAAUGCAGGCCUCUGAUUUUAAGAUGGUCCAGAAAGCCAGAGUUUGGGCUGUGCUGGAGAGGUAGCAAAAGUGUCACUGUCUCUAUACAUGGACACGCUCACCGUGUCUGAACUGGCAGGAGCUAGCAUGUUCGCGGGGUUGCUGAUCAGACUGAAGAGUUGGUCACUUCGCCACUGAUCAGCUGAGUGGUUUCUACGGGCGAAGAGGAAGUGCAGCGAAAGAAGUGCAUUGCUCACAGCCUGGAAAGAGAACUCUGUUAGCAGGAGGAAAUGACAAAACACAGAGAGACAGAGAGAGAGAGAAGAAAGCAGAACUACAUGUUACCCUUGGCACACAUGACAUGAAGAAGCAUCAAGCAGGUGGGAGGAGCACUUAAAUCUCCCCAUACUUGCUUUUUCUCUCUUGCAAAUGCUCCCCUGGAGGAAUUUCCCCCACAGCUCAGCUUCAGCCAGAUUUACAGGUAUUUACAAGGGAAAGCUAAGUAUCCACUGGUCACCCACUACUUCUCCCCUACAAGUGCCCCACACUUAUGUGUUUUCCUCAACUUGUACUCUACCCACAGAUGGCAAACUAUCAUCCAAAUAUUAACCGAAAUUUUUAACUGGACUGACCAAUUCUGCAACACAGACACAUUCACCUAACUCCUGCUUGAUUUGGGAUCAUCCAGUGUUUGCUCAAAAGCUGAAUAAAUUUGUCCUCCUUCCUCCCCUAUCCCUUCUCUACCCUGCCCCGCCCCCCUCCAGCAUGCGGAUGACUUAAUUAUUAGCUUUUCUGGUUUUGCAGUUUACCUACUUCCCUCUUUUUUACUUCCUGUUCCAGUCACGGCUGCCACCAAAACUCCCCACACAUUUCUCAAAAUGUUAUUUGUAUACACUUGUGAAGCAGCAAAAGGAAAGGGAAGAAGCUCACAAUAAGAACUGUAAUUGGGCUACCUUCAGCCAACACCAUGAGAAACUGGAGCAAAGAAUGUUCAUUCUCUCCAACCAACUACAGAACCACGUUCACCUCCAUGGAACCACAAUUCAGAGGUACACCACAUGCUUUGCACACAUCAGUUCCCAGGUUCUGAGGUGGUGGGCUCUCCUUCCUUGGGGAUUUUUAAGCAGAGGUUGGAUGGUCAUUUGUCAUGGGUGCUUUAGUUGAGAUCCUGCACUGCAGGGGUUUGGAAUAGAUCCCUUCCAACUCUACCAUUCUAUGAUUCUACAAGGUGUGACCGGAAAGUUUGGUGAAUGGUAACAGAAAUCGGACAGCGAGAAAUAUUUGAACAUACGUUACAGGCCUUCAAAGUAGGCCCCUUCUGAUACAAUGCACCAUUGACAACAUUCGUAGAACUGUUAGAAACUUCUGGAAAAGUCCUCUUUUCGUACUGCUUUCAGUUCCCUGGUCACAGCAGCUUGGACAUGUGAAAUGUUGGAAAAUCUGUGCCCUUUCAUAGCAGAUUUCAUCUUUGGAAAAAGAAAGAAAUCUGAUAGGGCCAGAUGGGGAGAAUAUGGAGGGUGGGACAACUCAGUAACCAUUUCACACGGAAUAUGCAAUUCUUCCAUCAUCAUUCGGAUGGACAAACGCUGAUCCCACUUCAAUAACUCAUGAACUCUGUCGACAUUUGCCGUCGUUCUGCUCAUCAACCGUCUGCCAGACCGAGGGUCAUCUUCAAUGGUUGCCUCCUUUCAUGGAAACGCUUAAACCACUCACACACUGGCUUUUGAGUUACAGCUUCAUCUCCAUACACAAUUGUGAGCAUUUCGUGGGUUUCUGAUGCUGACUGUAUGUUCGAAUAUUUCUUGCUGUCCAAUUUCUGUGACCACUCACCGAACUUUCCAGUCACACCUUGUAUGUUCAAUUCCUCACAUCUCUAACAAAAGGGAUCUCACAGGACCAAGCACUGGGAAAGAUGUUGGAGAGCCACUGCCAGUCAGACUCUACAAUUUGACAAGACUAGAUGAGCCACUGGUCUGAUUCAGGACAAAGCUUAAUGAUACUGCAUAAAAACCAACACUCUCAUUCUUGAGAACACAGCAACACACGCAGGAAGAAUGCAUGUUACAAAAUCAUAAUGUGAAUCUAGAUGUGCUAAGAAGUUAAUGGAGAUAGAGUCUAAUGCUGAGACCCCAACGCCAGGCCUGUGGGCACCACACUGUCCUCAUACACUUUCUUUUGGUGCCUCCCAAGCCUCCCACUUCAUUCUUUAUUUUAAUCUCACCUUGGUAUGGGGCCCAAACUCUUCCAUCAGCUUGCGCAAGGGAUUCUCAUACUCCAGUAUCAUCUGACCCAACCGAGGGAAACUGGCAUCACUAUAGCCAAAUACGGAAUGAGUCAGAGGUGUUUGCCAGCAACAGAAGCCCUCCUCCAUCACUGACAGUGCCCACCCAUUUCACUGCAAGAGCAUGACAAGUGCUCCAAUGACAGAAGCCCUGGGCUCCAGAGAACCUUAUUGGGACAAUCCAGGCAACAACACAAAACACAGGAGAAUGCAACACCUGGUCUCCAAAAGUGUGGGAGGGUGGCCUUGCAGGAGAAGGGAUUCUCAUGCUGUGGUGAUGACAGGAUUAUGGGGUGGGAUUGGCCUAUUUGACUGCUUUGUUCUUUCUUUCCUUCUUGAAGAUGUGUGCCCCCAUACUGGUGGUGGGGUGAGGGGAAUAAAGAGAAGCAAGGGGAUUGCUGAGGAGGAGGUGGAAGCCUGGCUGGUGUUUCUCCUCCAGGAUAAGAGACGACUUGAGUGCUGCUGGUGGAAAGGGGCAUCAUGGAGUGCCCUGUUUCUAGAAAAUUUGCAGAAACAAAUCAAAAGCAUUGUUUUGUAAAUUUCUCAAAAGGGUGAAGGCAUGGCAGAAUGAAAUGUGUGGGUCACCACCACCAACAGUGUCACAGGUAUCUGUGACAUUUGCACAAGGACAUUCCAUGCAAUCCUUUUGCUAAGGAGGAAAGCAGAGGGAGGAACUGUGUUUUCCAUAUCAAAAUACUAGUGUUUAAUGCAAUUACCUUUCAACAGAUGGGCUAGCUUGGGGGGCAUAGGAGUGGGGGGGGAGUAAUUUGUUUAUUUACAUUCCUUAUUAGCGGCUCUUCAACCAAAGCUCCCAUAACACUUUACAAAGCAAAAACAAUACUAAUACAGAAUAAAAGAAAUAAUUUGCAUUUGAAUCUCCCACAAAAGCCAAACAACAACAGAACAUCUGGAAAGGCCCAUAUCUUUGAGAAAAUGGUAGGUUUCAGCUACAGAUGGCAUAUUUAGGUUAAAAGUUAGGAAUGGUCUUUUAACUAUAAUAGCAAAAUAGCUGUUGGGGUGGGGGAAGUGUUACCUCCUCCUCAAUACUUGUCAAGAGAAGGCCAGACAUCCACCUGUUAGGGAUUGCUAUAGGCAUUAGGAAUGCACUAUUGGGCCAAGGGAGUGGAAUAUAUGGACACUGACCCUGAUCCAUGGAUCAUCUCAUGGGUACACUGGUACAGGCCAAUCAGGGCUUUGCGGUCAUCAAUACGAGAAAGGAGUAAGAUGGCAGAUGCGUAGGUGACAAUCAGGUCAAGGUAAUUCUUUGUGAAGUCAUAGUUUAGAUGCUGCAGAAGGAAAGAAAAAAAGUCAGUUUUAUUUAUCUGAUAAAAAGGGAAAUGUAUUGACAUCUUCGUCAAACUCUGGGCAGACUCCUGGCAGCAGCACUUUUCUUAGAAUCUCAGCACAAUCUGCUCAGAUAAGGAAUGGUGGACCUGUGGCUCUCAAGAUGUUAUUGGGACUAUAAUUCCCAUCAUUCCCAGUUAUAGUCUCAACAACACCUGGAAGUUCACAGGCUCCACAUCCCUUAUCUAAGCAGAUUGUGAUGGGAUUGUAAGGCAUUCCUCAUUCCCUGUCUUAGACAAUGGCUCACUUUGUGUGAGUCUCCAAGCCAUGUUGGAGGAUUGUGAAUGAGCCUAAAGGCUGCAUGAACCUCCCUCCUCUCUGACACGCAGCUUCUCUCUUACUUUCCUGUUUUAGCAGUAGCCAUAGUUUGCCACAAUGUACCAAGUGUCAACCACAAUUAGUAUUUUCCUUCCACUGCCAGAAUAAAAAAUGCAUUUAAAUUCUAGUUUCCAAUUCUUUCCGGAGGAAAAACACUAAGCCAUAAUUUGCCAGUUCAGACAUAGGGGCAAACUAUGGUUAGCACUAAACAGACACUAGGUGGAGUCUUGCUUCCGGCUGAUGAAUUAAGUGCUACUUUGAGGGCUACAAAGGUUAGUUAGUUGUGAAGAACAGGCACUUCAAAAUUCAAAAUACUUUUCUUUUAAUGGCAGAAGGAAGAGGAGAUCAAUCCCUCCCAAUGAGUGCAAGACAAGCUGAAAGGGGAAGGUGGAGCUCUGCUAAGUCUAACUUCUAUGCUGCAAGAUCAGUUCAGCAACAGACUUGAGAGGUAACGAAAUGAAAAUCUCCUUACUUGGACAUUUAAAAAAAAUGUACUAGAGAACAUUUAUUCAUCUCCUUGCCCAGCCCUUCCAAACCUAUGAUUCAUGGAAAAAAGACACAGUUCCUCAAGCAUUCAUGUGUUGGAUGAAUCAUACCGACAGUUCAGUUAGCAAACUGUCAAUAGCCAAAAAGUUUGAAUUGUGGUCCAUUUGCACCUAUAACAGCUUCCCUACGAAGUCUAACAGCAGCUUUCAGGAAGUGGUGUUUUCAUCAGGAAAAGGAAUGGGAAGAAAGGUUCCAUUUUCCUCUCCACAUACUGAGGACAUUCACUUCCUGUCCAGAGCUAGAGCUGGGAAUUUAAGGAUCCAUGCUUGGCUGCCCCUUGUGGUAAGUCACUCAGGAAAAGGGCUCUAACUUCCUUCUAGGCUCUGGUAAGACUUUGCCCAGCCAGGCAGCCCACUGAUUUAUCCUCACCUGAUAGGGAUCUAUCAAAGCUUUCAGGUCAGGCUUGAGUUUUGCUUGGGUAGCAGGAGCAGUGACGAUUUCUGCUAUAGCUGGUUCCUAUCUGCUCAACUCCUUACUGCCUUGCUGCCUCCUUAUUCCCACCCAACUGACUUACUUUUUCUUUUUUUAAAUAAUUUUUAUUAAUUUUGAAUUACAAAAAUCCAAUAUAAGCUUUAUAAUAUCAAUACCAAAAUACAAUUACAAUUCAAAUACAAAUCCAUCACAUGGCCAAUUAUAAAAUUUAGGUGGCUCCCCGCAUGCUGGACUUCAAGGUCUACUAGUUCCCUUUCAUAGAAUCAUAGAGUUGGAAGAGACCACAAGGGCCAUCGAGUCCAACCCCCUGCCAAGCAGGAAACACCAUCAGAGCACUCCUGACAUAUGGUUGUCAAGCCUCUGCUUAAAGACCUCCAAAGAAGGAGACUCCACCACACUCCUUGGCAGCAAAUUCCACUGUCGAACAGCUCUUACUGUCAGGAAGUUCUUCCUAAUGUUUAGGUGGAAUCUUCUUUCUUGUAGUUUGGAUCCAUUGCUCCGUGUCCGCUUCUCUGGAGCAGCAGAAAACAACCUUUCUCCCUCCUCUAUGUGACAUCCUUUGAUAUAUUUGAACAUGGCUAUCAUAUCACCCCUUAACCUCCUCUUCUCCAGGCUAAACAUGCCCAGCUCCCUUAGCCGUUCCUCAUAAGGCAUCGUUUCCAGGCCUUUGACCAUUUUGGUUGUCCUCCUCUGGACACGUUCCAGUUUGUCAGUGUCCUUCUUGAACUGUGGUGCCCAGAACUGGACACAGUACUCCAGGUGAGGUCUGACCAGAGCAGAAUACAGUGGCACUAUUACUUCCCUUGAUCUAGAUGCUACACUCCUAUUGAUGAGGCCCAGAAUUGCAUUGGCUUUUUUAGCUGCCGCGUCACACUGUUGGCUCAUGUCAAGUUUGUGGUCAACCAAGACUCCUAGAUCCUUUUCACAUGUACUGCUCUCAAGCCAGAUGUCACCCAUCUUGUAUUUGUGCCUCUCAUUUUUUUUGCCCAAGUGCAAUACUUUACAUUUCUCCCUGUUAAAAUUCAUCUUUAAUUCUGCUUACACACUAUUGCUCAAUCCAAUUACAAUCCAAUCCUGAUAAAAUCCCUUAUACCACAGCUACAAUGUUUUAACUUCAAUUCAUAUUAACGCAUUUAGUAAUUUAUAAGUUCGCUAGUCAAGUUCUCCUUUUUCUUCCUGUGUGAGGUAUUAAUCUUAAUCCAUUGUUCCUUUACGUCUUUGUCAAAUAUUAUGUCCAUCUUGGUUAUUCCCGAUCUCUGUCGUGCCUUGUGGCGCUGCUGACUUGGUGUCACGCUAGAUAGAUCUCUCCUCUUUUGUUCUCCAGCCCCUCUGAUUGCAGCUGCAAAAUUCCAUUGCCAUUACUUCCAGUCCUAGGAGGGGAGUCGCCUGGCACCCUGCCAAAUCCCUGGCAAGUCCUCAAAGUCCAAUCCGUCCUCCCCUCAGACGGGGGGGGGGGGAGAUUAACUUCAUAGAGAUUCCAAGUCUUUUAAAAAUUAUUCCAUACUAUUAUGUUUUCCUCACACAGUUCAGUUUGUUAUUGUAAUCCAUAUCUAUACUCCCGUCUCCCUUCAUCUUCACCUGCUAUAUGAAUUUAUUUAUUUAUUGCAUUCUCAGGGGGUUUGCCAAGUCAUUUUUGUAACAAAGGAUUUAUAAUGAAGCCGUUGGCUCCCCGCCCCCACUCCACAUACUGUUUUUUAGAUUGAAUGAAGUCUUCUUUCCGAUUCGUAUCUUUACAACCUUGUAGCUGUUUCAAUUCAGCAGUUUUUGAUCUUGUCCCAUCAUUUCCAGCACGCGUCUGUACAUUAAUCCCAAAUAAUCUUUAACGAACAGAAGAACCUCUGCUCUUAAUGGCGUCAUUGGAGGGUUACCAAGAGGCAUAGUGCUUUUGCACUCAGUGCCUCCCUGCCUCCCGCAUUCUAUGCCAGAGCGGGAGCCAGGCACCGAGAUGAUCUGCGAGUGUAGCCCGUUCCCACCAUCCCUGGAUAACCUUGAUUAACCUUUGCCAACGAUCUCCCAUUGUCAUGGGAGGUAACUCCAUUAAGGCAGACAGGAACCGGAAGCCCCAACUGACUUUCUAAGCUGCCAAUGGCCCAGCAUCAAGAUAAAAAUAUAAGGCAUAAUGUCCACAGUUGCAUACCCUCUCAGCAUUAAGCUAAAAGUAAUGCCCAUCUGCCUUUAAUUCUCAGAAGCCAACACAUCCAUACUUUAUUCAAAAGAUACUCACAAUGUCAAAGUGGCACAGGGUGGCGUCCAUAGUGUUCAGCAGCUCAUAGACAUGGUCCUAAAGAAGAAAUAUUAGCAUUAAUGAAGCUAUUGGGGUAGAGAACUGGACUCCACACACUCCAUUGCUGCAUAUCAUUCAUUUUUAUUAUUGCAUUUAUAGCCCACCUUUCCUGCAAGGGCCUGUACGUGGUUCUUCCCCUCCCCACAUUAAUACAGCAACUCAGUGAGGUGAAUUAAACUCAGAGAGAGAGAGGGUGGGAGGAGAGAGAGGGAGAGACUGACUGGCCCAAGGUCGCCAUCAUAAAAUUUUAGGGGACACACACAUAGCAGACACACACACUUCACAUAAAGCCAAUCUUUAGCCUUCAAAAUGUAGGAAAUAUUCCCUGAGAAAAGUACACAUUAUUUUAGCACACAGAACAAUCAAAAAGGCCAUCUUGGUUCUCCUAAUGACUAUAAAUAAUUUCCUCUACAGAAGGAAAUAACUUGGUGAGACCUUUCCCAGUAGUUCUUUCACUUACAAAUCCUGUCUUAAGGGCAUAUUUGAUGUAUGGAGAGGGUGGGCUUAUGACCAGAAUUCGAGAACUAAGGUAAAAAGGCCAGACUGCCCAGGUAAUACAAUCAGUAAAACAUUAUCAGGUAUCUUGGCAGACAGGAGAACCCAUACUCUCAAAUUUCUGUGAUGUAUGUAUGGUGCUUUUAGGGUCUUCUUUGGCUAAGGGGUUGGGAAAUGUCUGAAGUCUUUAAAGGUUCCUGCACACUUUGUUCUUGGGUUCUCUCACCUCCUUGGAAGGAGGGGGGUGGGACUCUGUUGCAACAGAAAAAUAAAGAUCUGCCUUGCUUUCACUGGAUCCUGUUUCCAUCCAUUCUUCUCUAACUGAUAUAGGGGACUCAGAGUCCUUUGGGGAGUUGGGCAGCAAAAGCCAACCUCCAAUUUUAUACAACAGUCACCCACACCAAUUUAAAACAGUCUGGUUGCAAAGAUCAACCCAGCAUGAAACCAAUUACCUUUCCCCACUCCAUGCCCCCGCAAAGCUGUAUGAAUCAUCUCAGACUUUGCUCGAGACUGCUGCUGAUGACACUGACAGAUGUUUGUGUUUCUGUCCUUGGACAUUAAAGAUCUACCUGAUUAUGAAUUCAACUGUAAACUCUGUGUAGCAUUAAAAGAGACAUGAACACUUCAUCUUUCUUUUUUUUAAAAAUGUUGCUUCCAUUCUUGAGAGGCUGGCUUUCUUAUUAAGCACAGAUGUGUGCUGCUAGCUUUGCUUAUUUAGCAAAUGUCCGCUGUCCACAGAUGUGACUGCUUUUUCAUUUUAAUUCUAUUUUUGUACAGUAGAAUCUGUUUUCUGGUUUUAUUCUGAACAGGUUUUACAUUGCCAGGGGGUGUUGCUGUACCUCCACCCCACCCACCCCUUGACUGGUCUAACUGGGUCGUCAUGCCCAGCCUACAUUCCAGGGUUAUUGUGAGGAAGGACUGGGGAAUAAAAUGUAUUUGGAAGGAGAACUGGAUAAAAUACUGUAUCUACUAUAUAUUUUGAAAAGUUGUUUGUUCACCAUACAUUUAAGUUAUCAUAACAAAAUUUUGCACGAUGGUUCUUGGGAUCAAGGAACAGAUUUUCAUUUAUGUUUGGAGGCAACUGGAUGCCCUUUCAAAUCAAGAUGGCAACUGAACCUUUCAAAACUGCACUGAUUUUAGCCACUGAUUCAAAAUCUGCAUGGCUUUUUGGUUUCUUAGAAUUCCCAAGCAAUAGCAAGUAUGAGACUGCUAAUAUAAAAAUAAAAAAAGUGUCCAAGUUAAAAUCCACCUAGAGAUAGUGUGGCAUAGCAGUUAGAGGGCUGGGCUGAGACAUGAGACCAGGAUUCAGUUGUGAAGCUCACUGGGUAACCUUCGCCAGCCACUGUCUCUCAGCCUAACCUACCCCACAGGGUAGGUUGUAAGGAUAAAAUGGGGAGGAGGAGAACAAUGUACCACACCUUGAUCUCCUUGGAGGAAAGAUGAGAUAUAACUGUAGUAAGAUACAAAUGUGAUGAUGAUAAUAAAUAAUAAGAAUAAGAAUGUAAUAAUGCAGAAACCACUUGCUCUGACAACAGCCAUGUCCCAAAUUCUGCAAUGCCAAAGUGGGAAAUGCUCUGAUGACCUUUUUGGCAUUAUGACUAUUAUUUCACUUUAUUAUAACUUGCCCAUCAGCUGAAAUGACCACUUUUGCACAGCUAUUAAAGGUGUAGGAGUCUGGUCUUCUUUUUCAUCUGGUCAGCCAAGUUAUUAUAUGCAAGGAGAAGACUUCUGGCCUAGUAAAGACUCCACAAAGGCUUAGCACUCAACAGUUGCGGUCAUCCCUGUCAUUCACACAGAGAGGUCAAGAAAAACUACAGAACAACUGCUCUCCUCUUUCAAAAAGGUAGAAGGCUUUUCGAGUCAGACCAGGGCAAAUCAAUAGAAGCCUCAAAAGCAACAUCUCAAAUCCCUACUAACACUCACCCGGAAUUCCAUUACAUCCACAAAGGUUUGAUAAUAGGAAGUGAGUGCCCGGAAAAUAUCUGCUUUCUCCUUGUAUACUGGUCCCAAAUGUUGCUGUAAAGAAAAGCAAACAAAGCAUGGACAAGUAUGACUGAUCACCAGCAACCUCAUUCCUCUGGGAAACAGAGCAGAGCUUUUUCAGUAGUGGCUCCCUUGCUAGGGAAUGGACUCCCUAAAGCUAUCGAUCUGGCCCCUGAUCUUAGUGUUUUUUCCCCUACCAUCAUUUUAAAGAAAUGAGCUUGUAUUUCUUUUAAUUUCAGCAGGAUUUUUACAAAAACAAAUUAUAUUUAUUGAGUUUUAUUAAGGCUUCAUGUCCAGAUAUACAGUUUACUCAAGUGACAAAAACAAUUGACCACAAAACAAAAACGAAACACCAACAAUUCAGGUAAAAUACUUGAUCUGAAAACUAUUGGAUCCAUUUUAGUCACACUCUGGCUACAUUUAGGCUUACUCCUUCUGUUCAUUUUUUUUAGUGACACGUGACAGCUAAUUAUUAUCUUUUGUAUGUUUGACACCACAAUCCUGAACACAAUUACUAGGCAAUAAGCUCCACUGAACACAGGAAGAAUGAAUUCAGAAUAAGCUUGCAUGGUUUUAGGCCUUACAUCACAACUUGCUUCCAGGGCACAGGGCAACAGCACCAAGUCUUUCCAGACUGGAACAAAUACACAAUGGCUACCUGGCAUCUCCACAUCACGGGGAGGAGUGGCCCAAGUCCUUCCUCCCCUGCUUGACACUUAACAUUUAUCUAUGUUUUUAAAGAGACUGAUGAACUCAUCCAGCUUUACAAACUUUUCGUUCCUGAAGAGCAAUUAAUAUCAUCUAGGCCUUCCUCAAUAUAUACAGGGAGAUACAGUGAUAGCACACAUGUUUACAAGGGAAAAGUCCUAUGUUCAACCCUUGCCAGCUCCAGCUGAAAGGACCUCAGGAGGUAUCAGGGCUAGAAAAGGAAAGGUCUCCUUUGAGAGCAAUUGGAAAACAGCCCUUGACUAGAUUCAUACAUUCAUGUGGAUUAUGAAGGGCUGGAGCUCCAUGGUCAAACACAUACUUUGUAUGCAGAAGGUCCCAGUUUCAAUUCUCUGCAUUUCAAGAUAGGUUUGUAAAAAGCCACUACCUGAAAUCCUGCGCAGCUGCUGCCAGUCCGCAUGGACAAUACUAGGCUAAAUAAAUGGGUUGGUGGUGUGGCUCAGUAAAAGUCAGUUCCUACUACUCAGGGAUAGAACAUAUUUCUACCUAUGCUCUAUCCUAGUUAAUAUAAUGUAAUUGGAAUUUGGGGCCAUCAAGAAAAUGCCUCCUGACUCAACCCCUAGAAUACACCCAGGAUGGCAGCAGUUCUUCUCGUGCAGAAGUUACUCUUGUUUAAGCCAGGAGAAUAGCAAUGGCCACUUUCUGUUCCCAGAGAGUACAAUCCCUCCAACUCCCCACUCCAGCUCUGACAUGGGGUCUCACCGUGCCGCUCCGUGUGUCCAAGUUGGGAAACUUCUUGUUGAUGUAUUUGAUAGAGGAUUCCAUGGUCUUCUCGGUGAAGAAGCUUGGCUUGGUCCGGGAAUCCAUACAUGUCUGCAAAAGUCAACAAAGCUGCACUCAGAACUGAGCAACGUGCAAUGCCAAUUGUGCUGCUCUAUUUAAUUUCUAGGGGAAGCGGGUAGCACUGUUCAUCAGGAACACAGCAUCCAGGGAAAAGAAAGUUUAAUCCUUUACCCUACUGCAGUUGCAACACACACAGAGAGAGUGCCUUUUAGUGCCAAUAGGACCUGCCUAUAAGAAUAACAGCAGAGCAAGGGAGAUGUUACAAAAGUUGGACGCCACCUGUGAACACUGCAGUCUCCCAGAAUAUCUAAUUUCUGACUUCACUAAACUUAAGCAAGGCCUCAUCUGCACAGCACAGUUAAAGCAGCAUCAUGCCACAUGAAGCAGUCAUGGCUUCCUGCAAAGAACCCUGGAAAGCAGUUUGUUAAGAAGCUUAGAGUUGUUGGGAGACCCCUGUUCUCCUUACAUAGCUAUAAUCCCCCAUGUUCCCUGGGAAGAGAUUGUUAAACCACUUUAGGAAACAUAGUUGUAGGAAGAGAAUUCAAUUUGAUUCAAUCUGACUGGUUGAUCAUUGCUUUCAUGAUGUUGGUUUGGGAUUCCUAGCUCUUUACAUGUAAGAAGGUUCGGCAUUCAUGUCCAAUCCUCCACUUGACACAUUUUUUCCAAUUACGGAUUACCGUAUUUUUUUGCCCUAUAGAACACACUUUUUUCCCUCCAAAAAUGAAGGGGAAAUGUGUGUGCGUCCUAUGGUGCGAAUGCAGGCUUCAGGAAGCUAUCCGCAAGCCGUGGGAGAGCUGCGCGACUUCGCGCAGCCCUCCCACGGCUUACAGAGAGCUGCCUGCACCCAGAAGCCUGGGGCGCGCUGAGCUCAGCACACCCCAGGCUUCGGGCUUCGCGCAGCUCUCCCACAGCUUGCGGAGAGCUGCCUGUUCUGGGGGCUGGGGUCGGGGGAAGCUCGGGCUUCCCCCAGCCCCAUGCCUGGGGGGGGGGGGAUAAUUUUUUUCUUUAUUCCCCCCCCCCCCAAAAAAAUAGGUGCGCCCUAUGGGCCAAAAAAUACGGUAUUAUCUAUGAGCAGCUGCAUUAAAAGCUGUACCCAUUUCCCUUUCCUCUAAUAAGACCAGAUAUUUAAUAUGGCAAGAUCAUAACCAACAGCAACAGUCACUUUAUUAAUAAGUGGAGGUAAACAACAGGCACUCCUACAAAUCAGCAGAUCAGAACCACACAUCAGAUCCCCACAGAGACUCCAAAUCCCAUACAAACCAUACAGAGCAUACAGCCAUACAGUCAACUCUCUCUGUAGUAGUAAUAGUAAUAGCAGCUUAACUAGUCACUGUCAUACUGAAUCUGCCAAGGUCAAGCAUUCACCUCUCGGAUCAUACCAUCCCAACCUUGUCAGUGAACCACCCAUUCAAAGAACCAUUCACAGCCAUUUAAGAAAAUAACAUUGUUUUGUCAAAUCCAAGAUUCUAAUUCAAGAGGCACUUUAAAGAAAAAAACACAGGCCCAUCCAUCCACAGUAAUCAAAUAGCAAGCUCAAAUCACUCCCUAAGGUAAAAUGUAAGUGAUGUACAUGUGGUGGAACCUGCGACAGUUUGCAGUAGAGAUCAUGAUCAAAGCCGGAAGGGGAAAGGAGGUGCCGCCAACAAGACAAUUCUGUUGUAAGCUGUGAUCAGAUCUGCUGUUGCCCCUACAGAAAGAGGAAGCUUCAGAAAGUUCUCAGCCAACACUCACAUGCAACAGGAAGAGGAACCACAUGCGUGUGGUAUCUCCUCGUCUGCUAAAAUGCUUAGAAUAGCUCCAAGGUUUCAGCUAGUGGAAGAUCUAUUUACGUCUUUUCAGGUCUUCUACUGAGACAAGAUAAAGAGGAGCCAAACAAAUGGCUCAGUUCAAAAAGUUAGAUUAGCACACCUGGGUUCAAAGCCCCAUGAAGAUCACUGCAUGACUUUGGGCCAGUUUCUCACACACCCAGGUCUAACAUACCUCUGGUUGUGAUGAUAAAAUGUAAGCUUCCCUGAGCUCCACAGAAGGGAGGAGGGCAGACCUAUGCAAUUUAUAUCCGCUCCCACAUCUUCCUCUGCCUGCUGAACCUUUCUACAGCAUUAAUGCAACAGUGAUCAAGAUCACAGAUACGGAGCAGUUGCCACUCCAACCGCUGGUGAUAUGUAUUCGAUGGACAAGACUAAGAUGGGCAGACAGGAGAUGGACCAAGGGGGGAUAGUCAGAAGCACCCAAGGUUGCAGUAGAUAUGUGAACACUAAGGUGGCUCAGGAAAGGUUUGUGCUGGUCAAAAAGGAGUCUUGAAGAGAGGAAGGAAUUGGCUGGACAAAUAAAGAAAACUCUUUCUGCUGGGAGUCGAAGAAACGGCUUGAUUAGCACUGAUGAAAGCAAGGAAGUAGGACUGGGAACUAGAGAAAAUUGGGACCGAUUGCAGAUCCAGAAAAAAAGUAUUUUCUUUCAGAGCAGCAGUAUGCAAGAAUCCCUAGUUUCCUCCAUUAACCCACUAGAUCCACUGCCAGCUGCUUCUAAGAAGGCAUCAGCAGUUGACUGAAGAGCCAUGAACUCUUCCUUGGACCUUUCCCAGUUCAUAUUCGUUGGGGGGUGAGCAUCAUGCUUUCACAACUGGGAUCAAAAUAGGAGCUGUCUACUAGUCAAUGAAGCCUAGGACUUCCUCAACCCAAUAAAAGUAACUAGCAGCCCUGCUCUCUAGCUACCUGCACCCAUGGCUGUAAGAGCCAUUCUCUCUUCUUGCACCAAGCCAAGAGCAGAGCACGGCAGAGGACCUCACCACCCCUUUUCCAAACCACUAGACCCUAUGACUUCCUUCUCAAAGUUGGGCACAGAUCCGUUUCCCUGCAGAGAACACGAAGACCUGCCACUGGUCACAUCAGCUCCUACCUUCUUGAUGUUGUACAUGCGAACAAGGACCCCCUUGCCCCUCUCAUUGAGGAUGGUCAGCUUCUCCGCAAACUUGUGCUGAUACACGGAGGGCAGAGACAUCUCCCUGUUGAAUUCUCAGUGCCCUCUCAGUCUUCACUUGAAGCAAGACCUCAAAACUAGAGGCGCAAUACAGUGCCGUGAUCUCUUCAAGGGGAAAAUUUAAAAGGGGGGCAAGAGAUCUGGGUGCCAUGCAGUGGCCACACCCAGCAACACAAGCUGCAGAGGGCCUGCGUUGCUGCUUUCGCACUGGGGCCGGCAGCUGCACACAAGCUUGUCUCCUGACACUUCCCCCUUGAGAAGCGGUGAACGCUGCUUCCCUUUGGGGGCUGAGACUUCCUGUGGCUGGAGCGCUUAAGAAGCACAGCAGCUCUGUUGCAAAGCAGAUCUGCAGAUCAUGCUAGUUUUGUUCUGUGGAAGCAAACCUCUUCCUGCUAGGCAGUUAACUCUGCUGCUUCUGCCAAACCACACCUAUUGUAAAAUUAGAACUACCCUAUUUUCUCCUGGUGCCUUUUUCAAGCUGGACAGCGGAUAGAAAUUAUGGAGGUGAAGCUUGUUAACGGAGAAAUCUGAGGGCUCCCUUGGACAAAAAACAAGGACACCAGCCAGGAAUACCAGAGCAAAACAGCAGCCAGUAGGCUUGGUCUUUAUUGAAGACUGUUGUGACAGGACUCCCACCUGCCACCAGGUGAAACAAGAUGGAAGCCCUGAACAAAAGAAGACCCCAACUUUUAUUAGUUGCUAACCCCCCAAAAUACACCCCUAAAACUACACAACUACAUCACUGAUACAUCACAAAAAGGAGGGGUUGCGGGAGCAGUUUGUGGAGGUAACCUGAGUAUCUUGUCACCUGGCUGGUUCCUCCUUUCCCCCUCCCCAUGAGUCAUUUCCAGGGGACAAAGGGAGGAGGCAGUUUCUUGCCCCAGAGGGAAGAGCUGAUCAUUGUCCUUUGUUCCAGUCGAGUUGAGUCCACUCCCAUAUGUAAGUUCUUUGUGUCCUUGAUGGUCUUCUGUCUAGGACCAUCAAGGUUGGCAUGCCAACCGGGCAGGGCUCCUGCGUACAUGUUGGUACCCUCAAGGGCUCAAGGGAUUAUGGCCGUCCUGGAUCAAACCAUCCCCUUUUGAUAGUCCUUCCUACAUAGAGCAAAAUAAAAGUGGAACAGUGUAGAUCCGAUGUAUGGUUGAUUUUCUAUGAAUUUAUAACAGAAACAUUGUGUAUGUCAUGUGUGAGUGUAUCUGUGUGUCAAGUUUGUACAAACUAAAUGAUUGGGGGUGGGUUCCUGCAACAAGCUGCUGAACUUCUGUCCAUUGAGUAGCUGUUAAAUACCCCAGACAAAAAAAACAACAACAGAACAGCAAUGACUGAUUUAAUUACCCUGCUCUUGUGCGCGCGCGCUCUCUCUCUCUCUCACACACCCACCCACCCCACCUUUUUGGGAAGCAGUUAAGGGCACUCACUAUGAGAGUUACACCAUUUUACGUUUAGAUUCUUAUUCCACCUUUCCUCCAAGGCACUCAAGGGUGGGCAGUUGUUGCUAUUAUUUACCGUAUUGGCCCGAAUAUAAGCCACACCCAAAUAUAAGCCACAGCUUUAAAAUUCAAGGGGGGGGGAAAUACAAUACCCAAAUAUAAGCUGCUCUCUUAAAAUUCUGCAGGCACUCACACCCGUUCCAUUUUACCGUAUGUCUGGUUCAGCAGCGAUAUCGUAAAAGCCCAUUUUUGUAUGGUCGCAAAUUUAAGCUGUGCUUUAACUUUUCACGGUCAGAAUUUGGGGGGGGGGGAGUGAGGCUUAAAAAUAAAAUAAUUAUUUAAAAUAAUUUAAAAAUAAAAUAAUUAUUUAAAAAUAAUUUUAAAAAAUAGAUUUUUAAAAUUUAAAUCAGAUUUUUUAAAAAUAAAAUAAAAUGCUUUUGGUGAAAAAAUCUUUCUAAAGAUAGUUUUCUUUAAGUUACCAGUAAGUGUGAAGCAGUAAAAAUGAAAGUGCAAACCUUGUGAGCAGAAUACUCCACAAGUCUUGGGAUCUUUGUGAAAGGAUUGUGCAAGUCAGUUGCAUGUCUGUGUAACUCGGACUUGAGGCAAGUGCUGAAGGCACUUCAGGGCUGGCAGCCUCUUCCCAAUCCCACCGGGUCACAACAACUGCACUGACACUUAACUCUGCAGAAUAGGCACCUGAAUGUAGAAGCAAAUCCAAAGGGUGGUGGAGGAGGAGGAAUUAGUAACAGGGAUCUGUAAGACCUUGGUGAGACCUUGAAGUGCUUGCCAGUCAACUAAUAAGAGCACUAGUUCCAGGCCCUUCUUCCCAGAGCUCGCCUGACAUUGUCCAAACGAUAAAGUUUCUACCUGGAACUUCAGUCCUGACGUUCUCUGCUCCAGUCCUUGUUUCCCCUUUUCCAGCUUUCCACCAGCCUGUUUCUCCUCAGCCUGCUCUUUCUGCAAGCCUCUUCCAGCUCAGGCCUACCAACUGUAUCUCUCUCCCCCCCCCCCCCCGCUUCUCCAGAAAAAGUACAGCAGAACAGCUGUCCAAAUAUACAGUAAUACCUCUGCAAACGUCCGCCUUGUCUAGCGUCCAUUCCAGCAAAUGUCCACAGCAAACCCGGAAGUACCGGGUUACUUCCGGGUUUGCAGCUCACACAUGCACAAACACGCUAAAUUGCGCUUUGCGCAUGUGCAGACGCACAAGCCACUCCAUGCACGUGCGCAGACACAGCGCUUUGCCCUGCGUCCUUUUUGGCUAGCGGCUGGGGCUCCGGAACAGAUCCCGGCUGCAAAACAAGGUACGACUGUAAACAGUUAAACUUAUUAAGCCUUGCAAUAAUGUAUUUCUAAUGAUAAAACCAAAUCAGUAAUUUUUGAUAUAACUGUAAAAACUACUCUGAAAAUUUAUUAUUCCAAAAAUGAAACCUUAUACCAGCAAGAAUGAGUCUUUCUGUUAAAAAAAAACCUCAGAUCGUAUAAAUCUUUUGCCUUUUAAAAAGAAAAAAAAUUACAUCAAGUCUUACUGACUAGUGAUUUAAAUAGCUUUUAUUUAAAUCAAAUCCACCGUUUCAAACGGCAAAUAACAUGGUAACUGUUGGGGAAGGAGGAAAGAACUCAUAUGUCUGCUAUCAAGCAUGGUUGUUUAUUUUCUGAGGAAAUAUACCAUAUUUUUCAGUGUAUAAUACGCCCCCAUGUGACUUUGCGGGACUCAAAUUUAAGAAAAGAGGGGUGGUCCUCCAAAGUUGAGCUUUUUUUAGGGGGGAAAUGCCAAAAAUAGCUCCCAUGACAGACCAACAAUGCCACUCGCACACAUCGACAAAGCAAACUAUCCUCCGUUCCCUCCCCGACAAAAGCAGCAAAUCGCUGCAAGGACAGCAAAUCAACACCAGCCCUUGCCACAGCUACCAAUAACAAUCUCUGACUCACAGCAGCAACCAAUCCCACGUUCCCACAAUGCACUACCCAUGUCUGAUGACCCCGAAUUUUGAACAUGAUUUUUGAAUUGAAAGAAUAGUCUUACACAUGGGAAAGUACAGAAGUCUUCUAUCUGACUAAUGUGCCAGUUCCCACCAACCGGCAAGGCACGGCUGCCCAAGGUUGCAGCUUGGAAUGGCAAGUAUGCAGAUCCACGUGCACAAACUACUGCUCUCUCUUAAUGAGAGGAGAGGGCCAAGGCCAUGCAAAUUCCCUUCCAUGCUGACAAGACUUGCCUUUAGAGAAAGAGUGAAAUCUAUCAGGUAUCUAUGGCUUUAAUAGGUACCUUAGUUACAAUGAUGUCACAAAGUUCUUCAGAGAGCCACCAUCCCAUUGGCUGGAUUUACAGUUAAACAGCAGGGUAAGUUGAAAGCUGAGUCACUUUGGAUUCAGCAGCUGUUGAAGACAGGCUCUUUGAUUUGGUCAGCCCCUCUUAUCUCAAAGCCAGCCAGCUGCAGACAAGGCAAGUGCUUCCAUGUAUUAUCAAAUAAUGGGAUUGGGGUGUAGAAAAGGCUAUCAACAAAUCUGAGUCGAAAGUAAGGUGCUCUUAAUUUGUGUUUGUGGAGGUAAACGGAAAGACUUGGUGUUAUUGUUGUCUUCCCUUUAACUAUCUUCUAUCCUGGAACCCAAAGUGCUGGGCAUGUGGUUCCUAUGGUAUACCCUCUCUUACCUAGGGAAUGACUUGAGGCAGCACUGCUUAGCUUUAGCAAGGAGUUGCUUUCAAACUGCACCUUGGGACACUGUAUGUGGUAAGGCUUUCUGGUUGUGUUUAAUUUUGUAUAAUUUUAAUUGUGGGAGAUUAUCCUGGGACUGUGAGGGGACCUGAUGGGGUGAAGAAAAGUAAUUCAUUACUAUGGUUAGUGUUUAACCAGAGAUGAUGGCAGGAUGUUUGAUAGUGCGGAGGGGAUUGCUAGCAUUAUUAUUCCUGCUGCUGAGUUGGGGGAUUCCAAUGCUGAAGGAGCCAGGCAAGUUUCUAGGUGAGUUAAGGGGCCCAAAGUGCAAUUUUGAAGCUGGUUAGUAGCUUCUUAUUUGUACAAGUUCAAAAUGGAGCACAAUCAGAAAACUUAACAAGGAACCAAGAGUAUAUACCGUAUUUUGCGCUCCAUAGGACGCUCCGGCCCAUAGGGCGCACCUAGUUUUUUUGGGGGGAAAUAAAGAAAAAUAUUUUUAUUUUCCCCCCAGGUGCGGGGCUGGAAGAACUAGGUCGGGGAACAGCGGGAAGGUGCGCUCUGCCUCCCCGCUGUCCCCCGAGCUUGUGGGGCUGGCGAUGGGGAGAAGUGCGCUGAUCCUGGGACUGCAGGCAGCUCUGCGCGGCCAUCCGGAGCGGGGCGGGACUUCACGCCCAGCUCCCAGUGGCCGCGCAGAGCUGCACUGAGCCGGGGACGGCAGGCAGCUCUGCGCGGCCAUCGGGAGCGGGGCGGGACUUCGCGCCCGGCUCCCGGUGGCCGCGCAGAGCUGCGCUGAGCCCAGGACUGCAGGCAGCUCUGCGCAACCCUCGGAGUCGGUCUCCCGAGGGUUGCGCAGAGCUUCCUGAAGCCUGGAGAGCGAGAGGGGGGAGUGCGCACCGACCCCUCUCGCUCUCCAGGCUUCAGCGAAAGCCUGCAUUCGCCCCAUAGGACGCACACACAUUUCCCCUUCAUUUUUGGAGGGGAAAAUGUGCGUCCAAUGGUGCAAAAAAUACGGUAAGCCUCUAAUCUGAAAAACAGAAGUUAAUCCUACCCCCUGGGAGUGAGAACUUUUUUUUAGCCCCCAGGCCAGAUUCCUUUGGGCUGCAUUCCAGGGGUGGAUGGCCAAAGGCAAAAGCAGGUAGAGCGUUAAAGUUUACUUUUCUCUCUGUCUAGUAAACUAGUUUAUUCACACUUGCGCACCUCUCUCUACCCUCCAUCCAGCAAGCAAGAAGCAUUACCAGAGUUCCAAGGGCAAAUUCCAGCCAGGAACAAGCACUAAAGGAGGCCACAAGCAGGGCUGGUUAGGGCUGUGGCCCGGUGGGUGGGUGUCACACACAUCUGUGAACAUUUUACAAAAGAAAAGAGUUUUAUCAGAGAGCAUUGAAGUGAUCAAUCUGCCAAAGAUAUAAUAUGUGGUAGGUCAAAGCUGGGAUUCAGGAGCACACAACUACCACUCAAAAAAAUCUGAACUAAUCUGUAAAAUCUUCAGUUUGUGGUUAAACCAUGGGGCCAGCGUGUUUUUAGCUGCUUGAUUGAACAAAUUAAAAAGCUGAAUAAUUAAUGUGACUAUUGCACAGGAACAUUACAAUUAAUGUAUGUUUACUCAGAAAUCACAUUGCAUUCAGCAGACUGUACUCCCAGGUUAAGUGUCAAUAGGAUUGCAGUUUGCAGAACCCUGAAAUAUUUUGUAGCAUUUAUUAAGCCACUUUGGGGCACAAGUGCUGGAAAGCCAGGAUUAAUAUUUACUGAAGAAACAUCCCACAAAAGUCAUUGGGGUAUAGGCUCUGAAUAUUUGAUGUUGUUCUUGCCUUGAUGCAUCUGAGGAAGUAGGCUGUAGUCCAUGGAAGUUACGCCAUAAUAAAUUUGUUAGGCUUUAAGGUGCCACAGAACUCCUUAUUUUGUUUUGUUGUGUUUUGCUGUAAGAGACGGAGGGGUACUCCUGGCAGUCCUUGCCUCAGUGCCUUCAAAAGAUCUUGGCUGCCUUCUGAAGUAGGCUUUCUAGUAGUCUGGGAGGGGAAUUCUAAUCAGGAUUUCUCUGCCACUAUUGCUUGAGAAUGUUUCCUGCUGAGCAGAAUUGUCCUGCCCAGUGGGGUGCCCAGACUGUGUUUUCAGAGUAACUUAUAAAUCCUCCUUGUCCAAGGACAAGUAAUUAGCAAAUGCUUUGUUAUCUGGAGAUUGCUGCCCUAACUGUGUGAUCUCUACACACAGCAACGAUAGCUGACUUUUGCUACUGAAAGUAAUGCUGGGUCCUCCUGUCACAUUAGUAUAACUCCAGCAGGCCUUAUAUAGUCAUUCUCAUUCAUUCUCUCUCUCUCUCUCUCUCUCUCUCUCUCUCUCUCUCUCUCACACACACACACACACACACACACACACACACACUUAUUUUUAUCUACUGCAUUGUAGUCCUGACAUCCCUCCAUAAUAAUAAUAAUAAUAAUAAUAAUAAUAAUUUUUUAUUUAUACCCCGCCCUCCCCAGCCAAAUCCCGGCUCAGAGCGGCUGUUUGCAUAGACAUUGAGGCAGCACACAUUCUUCCCCCCCCCCACACCCCCCUGCAGUAAUCCUGUGACAGUAGGUAGGGCUGAGUGUGUUGGUGCCAGGUUUGGGGGGGGGGGCUCUUGGGUACAACUCCCUCCCAUAGCCUGUCUACUUCCUUGCUGAAAAGCAUAAAGAGGAAGCCCAUAUCACCAGGAUGGUGAAAGCCAAAGCAGACUGUGAGCAGCUCCAAAGUAAUUUCUUCCAGCUAGGUGAAGGGGAAAUAAAAUGGCAGAGGAUGUAGCGUGUCACUUACCACUAUGUCACUUUACUCUUUAAAAGGCAACCCCAAAUUUCCUUGUAACAGCAAUGACACGGACCUUAGAACAAGGGGUCAUCAUUGAGCUAUCAACAGCGUGUACUGCAAUGGCAAAAGCAAAAUCCAUGCUUUGUAAGGGGGAGUAUUGGGAAAAGUAUUGAAAAUAAAUCUGACAGGACUGUAAUGCCUACUAUGCUAAAAUAUGAUAAUUAUUAUUGUAUUGCUCUGUACUGUGAGGUUGGUGCAUUCCCAAAAGGGCACAAUACAGCUGGAAAAAAUGCAAGAAAGGGGCCAAUCAAAAUGAUAGUGCAGAUGCUUAUGGGGAAAAGCUAUAUUGUUUGAAGAUACUUUCUUUAGAAAAUAGGACAUAUAGUGGAGGCUUGAGUUAUGAAUGGUAGCAGAAUGGUUGGCAAACAUAUUCCCUUGCAUAAUACUAGAAGUUGCCCAAUUAAACUGGCAUAAAUAUAGGAGUGACAAAGGUAUUUUUCACAACACAAUAAUGAACAAGGAUAUCAUUGCCAAAUGUGGUGAUGUGAUGGUUUUAUACCUAGGGUCCCUUGUGCCCUUGGUAAAGAGCUGUAUCAAUACCCCCCCCCCCCAAAAAAACUUUACUGUAUGCCUUUGUGCUGUGGUGCAAGGAUGGGAAGCUGCUUCUGCAUUUGAUCUCCCCAUGAUAGCAGUGGCAUGUUGCCAUAUAUGUCAUACACUCCAUAGCGAUAGGUGAAUUUUGUGGUGCCCCCCCCCAGCCUGUGCCCCCAGGAGAAGCCAGUUUAUCCACCCACUAGGUACACCUCUGUACACUCUUACAGAGGACUAGUGGGUCAACAGCACUGGCAUCAAUAUAAAUGUAAUCUCCAAAUCUUUUAAGCAAUGAUUCCUAACAAGGGAGGGCUGUUUACCUUCAUAUCCUGGCGGUUGAUUUUGAAUCUGGCUAUCAACUGCUAGAAAUGGGAUGCUAAUAAUAAUAAUAAUAAUAAUAAUUAAUAAAUUUAUUUAUACCCCAUCCAUCUGGUAUAAAUGGGCUAGACUAGGUUGACAUGUGGUUUGAUAACCAGGGCUCUUGUGCUCUAAACUAAUGUCUGAAAUAAGUUCAGAAGCAGCACUUCUGAGCAAAUAAGCUAUCUCAUCAGAGGGUCAGAUUCUUAGGCUUCAGACCAUGUGUCUCUCUUGUAUGGUUUUGCCCUGAUGCUUUGUAACAUCUCAUUCUUAAACACUGCUAGGAGCACAGUACGCAGCCAGUCCUAUAUUAAUUCCAUGGAUCCUGAACGGCUUGUCCAAUGCCCUUAUGAUAAGAACCACCAGAUCAGAGCCUGCAGGUUACCUUACCACUUGGUGAAAUGCAGAAAGGUAAGAGGAGGGGGAAAAGAAGGAUAUUGGUAGGGUACCACAAAUAACUUCUCCUCUUAAAAUGGCCUUGCACAUCUUGGAUUUGUAGGAAAUGGUUGAAGUGUGUUAAUUCACCACAGAAGAAUGAGCUACCCUGGCUCCUAUGGGUGAAAGCAAGCAGAAAUCUAAUUACCACUUUGUUCAUUGGCUCCCUUUUCAAAAGCAGAGUAAGUUAGCUCUGAUCUGAGGUUAUGUGACAUGUUGAACAUCCAAACAGAUGUAAACAAGUUCAAACAAAAUUGCACAAUGAAGCCAUUUGAGCAAGUCUAGAGUCUCCUGUUUGGUACACAUGUUCUUCUAUUGGAAGGACUCUUAAUUUUAACAAUUUUGUUUUUGUGACCUUGCAGCGAGAUACUGUGUGGUUUUUAAUUCUGAUAACAUGCCCCGUGAUAGCAUCUUGGUAUCACACCUAUAUCAGUGUGACCACCAGAUUUGCACAGCACCAGCAGAGUAGUCUAGCAAAGCUUUAGAGUCUUCUCCCUUUCGAGCUGUCAGCCUUUCCAGUGAAGGAAACUCCUUGACCACAACACAGUUCAGUGUAAAGCGUUUUAUUGCUUCAAGACACAAGACGAUUCAAACACACUAUAUACAUAAAGUUAAGAGAUGCUCGUGCAUCAUAAACUAUGCUAUAGUAAGUUGGUCUUAGAAAUUAAACUGAAGAGAUUCAACUAUACAAAGAGGUCCACAUUUGAGGAGAGAUGCACCACUGCCUUUUGCUGCUGAAUGCAGCCUUGGCUUUAUAGCUGGCAAUGCACAGACACACAUUCUUUGGAGAAAGGGAGAUGGAGGAGUCCUGCUAAAGGCCUGUGGCCUUGAACUGUUUCCAGAGGCCCACCACAGCUGGCAUCCUAACUCUGAACAGAAAUCAGACAUGGGGGAAGACGCAAACCAAGCAGUUAGUGCAAUUCUGCACAUAUUUGCAAAUUACACCAGCACUCCAUUAAUCCUCUCCUAAGUAAAGUCAAUACAGAUUUAGAUAUUCUAGCCCUCCAAAGAAAAGCAGUCCUAAAAAUAAAAAAGGAACUAUUCUUCACAAAGUCCACAAUGGUUUUUCUGGGGUGGGGGCUUACUAACUGGCACAUCUGUUCAUAGUGAAAGGACGUGUCCAAGUGGGAUGUGGAGUAAAGAAUCAUUAACUUAACUGUUGUUGUUGUUUUUCAAAAAUACACCCUUCGUUUAAUCCAGGAGUGGGGAACCUGUGACCCUCUAGAUGUUGCUGGACUCCACUCCCACCAUUCCUGCACAUUGACCAGUGGCUGGGGCUGAUGGGAGUUGAAGUCCUGCCACAUCUGAACAGGUUCUUCACCCCUCUGUCUCCUCUCUGUGAAUAGGACUGACCAGGUAGCGAGGUCUUCUAGGAAAGCCAUGGUGGAUCCAGUGAAGAAUGCUGGGUUCAAUUAUUCUACUACUCUUCUCUAGAGAGGAAUAGAAUCUAUAAUCAUCCCAUAUGAAGCCAACAUGGAUUAAGUGGGCAUGUUAUCAUUGUAGAGAACAUCCCCUUUCAUUCUUGAGUGCUGGGUGGGUUUGAUGGAGGCCUAGCUCUGCACUGUUAACGUCUUUUUUCCAGAACAACCAAAAGAUCGCCAGAGAGCUCGCAACAUGCCCCUACAACGCCCGUCACAGAGUUCCAAAGCAGGAGUUAAAAUUGCACAUUGCAACUUGUGAGAACAAAGUUUCUCCAGAGGUCUUGGAGGGUAAGAGAAUUGCUCCUGUCUGCUCUAAAACCCAGUAGAGCAUGCUGUGUGUAUAAUAUUGGUGCUGCUGGUGUAAGAAAACUUAAUAACUUGCUAUCUGUAGCAAAGCUCUGGGCACUCUAGGCUGGAGAUACAUGCUCUGAUUGCACUGCAUACUGAGCAUUCAACUGGUUGUAAAAGCUGGGCUGAAAGAAGUAAUGAAUGGAUUAUACUGAGCAGGGUGGGUGUAAUAAGCAGUAUUCAGGUGGGGGGAGUGACUUGGCUGAGUGCCAGUCCAUUUUCCUGAAGUGUGUGAUGUAAUGGAAGAUGGGAUUAAAAUUCAAAACUAACUUGAUUGAAGUACUUACUGGUCAAACAAGUGAAGGGAGAAGUGCUGUAAGGUAAGGAUCUAGGCAUUAUGUCAAACUAUAAAACAGGAGGAUGCAAUCUAUACAUGAAGUAAAGGCAGGCCUGUAGAACUACAUUACAAAAUUGAAAAAGAAUGAAUAUUGAAGGAUGUCUGUGUUUCAGUUCAUGUAGCAUUUUUGAAAGUGCAAAUUGGGUAGAUUUGCCUUGAAAUUCAAACUGAAUUGAAUUUAUCACCAUUCCCUAGCCGGAAGGAGCAGCCUUUAUGAAUGUGGGGAACAGGUAUGUUCCAGCUUAAAACUCUAGUACAGUGGUGCCCCGCAAGACGAAUGCCUCGCAAAACGGAAAACCCGCUAGACGAAAGGGUUUUCCGUUUUGGAGGUGCUUCGCAAAACGAAUUUCCUAUGUGCUUGCUUCGCAAGACGAAAAUGUCUUGCGAGUUCCUGCGGGGUUUUUUUCCUUCCCCCCCCCUUUUUCCCAAGCCGCUAAACCGCUUAUCAGCUGAUGGCUAAGCCGCUUAUCAGCUGAUCUUUAAGCCGCUUAACAGCUGAUGCUAAGCCGCUUAUCAGCUGAUCUUUAAGCCGCUUAACAGCUGAUGCUAAGCCGCUUAUCAGCUGCCUUUAAGCCGCUUAACAGCUGAUGCUAAGCCGCUUAUCAGCUGAUGGCUAAGCCGCUUAACAGCUGAUGCUAAGCCGCUUAUCAGCUGAUCUUUAAGCCGCUUAACAGCUGAUGCUAAGCCGCUUAUCAGCUGAUCUUUAAGCCGGCUAAGCCGCUAAGACUGUAGCGCUAAGCCGCUAAACCUCUAAUGGGCUUGCUUCGCAAGACGAAAAAACCCGCAAGACGAAAAAACCCGCAAGACGAAGAGACUCGCGGAACGGAUUCUUUUCGUCUUGCGAGGCACCACUGUAUACAAUGUAAACCAUCCACUAAAAAUGGUUGUUUAUACUUGAUAGCCUAAAAUAAAACUUCAUAUAUGAAAACUGGGAUAUUUUGGUGGUGAUAGCUAUACACACAAACCACUGGUAUAGCCAUAACUUGCUGUAGCCCUGUUCAUGCAUUCAAAAGAGCCGGUGAGGGUUUAACUUGGAGAGGGGCACCAGGCAUCUUUACCCCAGGCUUGGGCCCUAGGUUAUGGGUGCCCAGUGGUGCAUGACGUCAUGACAUCACAUGCAGCGUGAUGUCAUGUUACAUGCACACGCCCCGGCCUGGGAACCUGACUUCCAGUGCCACUGGAAGCCAGGUUACAAAGCCUCUGAAAUGCUGUUUGAGGCCUUGCGUGACCUCGGAAGUUGCGUCAGGGGCCCUGAAGUAUGGGUGCUAAGCACCCACAACUAAAAAUUUGUGGGUGCUCAGGCAACCAGAGCCCCCUAUAGUUGGCAACCCUGACCCCAGGUAUGCUCACUCCACCCCUGGCCUCCCCAUGUUUAAGCAGGAAAGUCUGAAAAGAUGCACCUGAUGUGAACACACAAACACAAUAUCAAAGCAUGGAGCAGCCAUCUCUGAAACUAGAACUAACUUCCAAAACCAAGAUGCCUUAACCUUUUUCUUUUCUUAAUACUUUGACAGUUACUUCAAGCAGAGGUGAUCCAAAGAACAGAAUCAGAGAGGUGACAGCCUGGCAGUGCCCCCCUCCAGAAGAAGACUGGGAGGCUGGUGAGUUGUUGUUGUUUUUCUUCCACUUGUGCAAAAACACACUUUCCGGGUUGCACCACACCCUGCCUGAAUUUGAGUGUGCUUGGCUUACUAAAAGAAAGCUGCAUUUAGAAUAUUCCCCUCCCCCCCCAACCUUCUAACAUGCUUAACCUGGAGGCACCAGCUUGGCUCUUUUGUAAGGAACUGGGCCUCUUUGGCAGAAUUAUCAUGCAUGAAGAAGCCCUGCUGAAUCGGACAAAGUGUCUAGCAUCCUAUUUCAAACAGCGGCCUGCUAGAUGCUGCCGGAAAUGAUGACAAUGGCACCUCAUCCAGUGUCUGUCCCAUGUUCUGUCUCAGAACAUGAAAGUUUACCAGAGGAAGAAAUUGAAAAGUUCAUUGUCCUGGUCAGAUUGUUCCGAAUUAUUCUAGUGACCUGCUGCUGAGGAGGCAGAAUGCAUAGCUUCUUGUAACUUUUAUUAAAGCAUUGGAGCAGUUUAUUACAUAAGGGCAAUACUAUAACAAGACGGCCCCUGGUCCAUGGGCUUGCAAUCAAAAUGAAACAAGUUAUAAGGAAAUACAUGUGGACUCCAGAGGAAAACAAAUAAUAUAAUCUCAGGCUUAAAUUUUUACCGUAUAGCAUAAAGGUAAAGGGACCCCUGACCGUUAGGUCCAGUCACGGACGACUCUGGGGUUGCGGCACUCAUCUCACUUUAAUGGCCGAGGGAGCCGGUGUACAGCUUCCAGGUCAUGUGGCCAGCAUGACUAAGCCACUUCUGGCAAACUAGAGCAGCGCACGGAAACACAUCGUAAUUAUUAAAUGACCAGCUGGAAUCAAAAUGGUUAUUGGAAAGAGGGUCUCAACAGGGCUGGCCUCCCCAAAGAGCUUAAUAGGAGUAGCCCUGUUUUCAAUGUCUGCUCUGGUACAGCCUAAGAACUGAAGUCUAAUUUUGUUUUCUUCUGUCCUCCCCAUUACCUUGUUAAUCGCAGUAUAGUACCUGCAAAAAUGUAGCUGAUUUAUAAAUAGAAUAAUGCUGAAGUAAGGGCAAAUGAGGGUGUUACAGAUUUGCUCUGGGACUGCAAAUGGUUGUAACUUUUCUUCAAGGAAACAAUUCAUACAGGUAUUCCAAAGAACAUCAGGAAAACCCCACUGCUCUGAAGUGUCACUUGAUCCAAUUUAGACUCUCCUGAAAGCCCAUCCAAUCUGGAGUCUGAGUACUCCUGUAAUAUGCGAGUGACUAUGGCAAGGGGGAUGAAGUGCCCCGUUAUGAGAACUCUGCCUAAUGAUUUUGUUACUCUCUCCUAAGAUGCUGCUGAAUAUCCUGCUCCUCCUUUUGUUUUUGGCACCAGGUAAGACUACACAGGUUCCUUUGUCGCCUCAUGAAAAUCUAAUUGUAUUCAGAGCCUGGCUAGCAAGCACCAUGGAUACAAAUGCCAAUGGAGCAAAAAUGCCAACAAAGAGGAUAUCCCCCUCUAACCUCUGGAGGCACUUCUUAAGACGCAUUCACUUCCAAGAGUAAAUAAUCACCACUCACUUUUGCUAUUCAUAAAAUAGGAAUCUACUCAAGUAACUUUGCUGUUGUGCCUAUUUCCCACUUGGCAGCAUUGGGAAAGUCAAUGUAAUAGCCAUCGUAUGUUCUUAGACAGGCUUCCUCAUCCUCAGCCUUCCAGAUGUUUUGAGACUACAAUUCCCAUCAUCCCUGACCACUGGUCUUGCUAGCUAGGGAUCAUGGGAGUUGUAGGCCAACAACAUCUGGAGGGCUGAGGUUGAGGAAGCCUGUUAGACUUCAACUCCCAUUGGUCCCAGCCAACAUAACCAAAGGUCAUCACCCAAAGGGGUGAUGUGAGUUCUAGUACUACAACAAUUUGGAGGACACCACAUUGGCUACAUUUGCUUUAACACAUAGGUGGGCUGAUGUUACUUUUUACACACUGUCAUGCUGUAGUACAAACCUAAAAGACAUUUAUUACUGGAAAUUUAUCAGUUCAGCUCUCAAAUAUAUUUCAUCAGUGGCUUUGCUCUCUGACAGAACUGGCUUUUGUGACUAUAUUUAACACUUAUCUUGCCUCUCCAUACACUGAAGAGGACUUGUUAUUUUAAGAUGAAGAACACUCGUUCUUUUAAAAUAAAUGACUAAGGACACUAUACACAUAAGCCAUGGAAAUGUUUAAAUGGUUAGCUGGGGAACUUUGACAGCGUUAGUUACUGAACACAGACUCGUAAACAGAUGUGCAACUUUAGACACAUAAACACAGAAUUUCACCUACAGAGAACAGCAACAAUCAGUAUGUUUUUACCCCUUUCCAGCUCCGCAAUUAGAGGUGCUUCCAUAGUAAUCCCUGUCUAUGGAACUGCUGCCUUUUGUUUACUUUUUUGAACAGAGGAUCCACUUCACCAAUUGUACAGUGGUACAUCUAGAUGCAAAUGGGAUCCGUUCCAGAGCCCCGUUCGCAUCUAGAAGCAAACUUAACCCGUGUAUGCGCGUUUGCGCGUGCCACGUUUCGGCGCUUCUGCACAUGCACGUGACAUCAUUUUGAGCGUCUGCACAUGCGCAAGCGGCGAAACCCGGAAGUAACGCGCUCUGUUACUUCCGGGUUGCCAGGGAGCGCAACUUGAACACGCUCAUCCCGAAGCACAUUCAACCCGAGGUAUGACUGUAGUUGCAUUCCAGUGUUCUUUUGUUGUCCCCUGCAUGGUUCCUCCAUCUCUCAAACCUGAUUUGUGGUCACUUUUUAUGGUAGUUGGAUUAGCUAGUGUUGCAAUGUGGACGGGUAAAGUUCUGUUAAGGCUUUCCCAGUCCACAGUGCCUUUAUCUGAAAGCUGCUGCUUUGUAAGUUCUGGCCAUUUCAUUGCUUCCUCCUCCCACAGCCUGGAGGAUUACAGGUAGAAUGCUUCUCAGUACCCCAAAUGUCAAUUCCUGUUUAUGCAGGAGGAGUGUAAGACUUUUUUAUGCAAGGGAAAUAAAUAAUGCCCCAACUCUUAUCCUGCUCACCCCAAAUUCUAACCCCCUGCUUGCAGGAAUUGCGUGCCACUAACCCUGGGGAUGAUUGCAGAAAUAGAACUUUGGAUCUAUUUUGAGAGACUUGGAUUUAUGAGAUUGCUGAGACUCCUAACCUCUCCCCCUCCCAAUGAGCUGGCAAAUUUACAGCACCUGCUUAUCUAGUUCACACCAUUGUCCAAGGCCAGUCUAAAACUCCAGCAGUUAAAGUAACAUUGUUCAGCUGUGCCUUCAUAAGACUCUCCACUGGGGCUGGGCGAUAUCUGGUUUUCAACAUCACAAUAUAUCACCAGCUAAAUAUCCCGAUAUCUCACAAUAUAUAUUUGCGGCGACAGAGGGCCUUGCUGUGCCUCCCCACGGUGGCAGAGGGUCCUGCCGUACCUCCUCACAGCGGCCGAGGGCCUUGCCGAGGCUCCCUGCAGUGGUGGAGGGCCUUAAAAUGGAAGGAAGUAGUAGAUUUAAUAAAAAUAAUAAAUAAACUUCCAUAUAAUAAGUUUAAUAUUUUCAACUAAUCCUAAAGCCCCACUGAGUUCAACUAAACUUACCAUAUUUUUUGCCCUAUAGGACGCACUUUUUCCCCUCCAAAAAUGAAGGGGAAAUGUGUGUGCGUGCUAUGGGGCGAAUGCAGGCUUUCCCGGGCUUCCUGCAGCUCUGCGCCACCCUCCGGAGCCCGGCACGAAGCUGCGCCAGGCUCCGGAGGGUCGUGCAGAGCUGCCUGCAUUCUGAAGCCUGGUGCGCGCUGAAGAGCGCGCCCGGGCUUCGCGCACCUCUCCGCAAGCCUGGGGAGACCGGCGCGGCUCCCUAGGCUUGCGGAUAGCAGGCUGUUCUAGGGGCUGGGGUCGGGGGAAGCUCGGGUUUCCCCCGCGCCUGCCCUGUGCCUGGGGGGGAAAUGAAAAAAAAAUUCUUUAUCCCCCCCCCCCAAAAAAAUUAGGUGCGUCCUAUGGGGCGGUGCGUCCUAUGGGGCGAAAAAUACGGUACUUCUACUUUCCUGGGAGCAAGCCUCAUUGAAUUCAGUAGGGCUUGCUUGUGAGUAGAAACACAUUUGCUUGCACUGCUUACUGAAAAACACCCUCUCCCAUCAUCUCACAUAGCACCCAACCUCCCAUUUCAGCAUAAAGCAGCCUGCUAAAUCUUCUCCCCCCGCCCAGAAGGGCCCUAUCCCACCAAUCUCUCCCUUUUUAUCAAAGGGAGGGAGGGCAAGCAAGCAGGCAAAAGGACAGUUUCCUUUAAAUAAUAAAAAAGCCUUCCCUUUUAAUAUGGAGGAAAGCUAUUUAAGGGGAACCAACAACAUAAACAGCACCAGAAAACUCUUCCCCCUCUUUUUUUCACUGGUGGGGUGAGUGUGAGGAAAGAAAGAAGUGCUUUCCUUUUCUUUGUUUAGUUCAGUGGGAGGUCUCUCCUGGAUUGUCAGCAGGCUCUGCAUAAUUAGCUGAGCUCUAAAUGGAAAGAUACCCUGAAAACGAAAGCGUUCACUGCUUUGUGUGAGGGUUUAUCCUCAAACAGAACUUUUGUUCCCUGCAUAUUGCCUUGUUGAAACACUUAUCACAAUGUUAUUUCAAUGCCAGUAUAGCGAUUUAUCACACAGCCCUACUCUCCACCCCCUCUUACCAUCACCCAACCAGAAAUUUUUUUCUGGGGGGACGCAGGGGGACGCAUACCCCUAAACAUUUUAAUAGUCUUUGUACUUUUGUUCAUUUACUGUAUUUAUUUUCCCCGAUUUGAACUAUAAAAUGGUGAUUUUCUUGAGUCAAAAUGAGAGUACCCCUAAACAUCUUUUUUUAGAAGAAGAAAAAAGCACUGGUUACAGCUAAGGAGUGGCUGGCCUGAGACAACGGUGCUGCCAGGCCUCAGAAGGAUAAAAAAUCCAUUUGCCUCAAUCCAUCAAGCCCCCUUGCUAACUCCUACCUGGCUUCCUGCUUUCGUUUGCUUGUCUGAUAUUUGGAGUUGGACUCCUUAGCUGUUUCUCGGGGGGAGGGGAAUGGUGGUAAAGUAUUAAGAUUAGGUGAGGCAGAUUUAUUCUUUUAUGAUGCCUGCAUUAUGGGGUGGGUAUUUCGCGGGAAUGUAGUGCCUGAGACACUUGGAAUACCAUGUAAUAUGGGGAUUAACAGAGGAUCCUGGUGGUGAAGAAUGAAUUAUUGGCUUCAACCCUGGAAUCUCCUGAUAAUUGGGGUUUAUUGAUUGGUCUUCCCCCAAGCCACCCUAAACCUGGGUGGUCAUGGCAGCUUUGGGGGGGGGGGAGGAAGUGGUGGUGGAAGAGAACUGAUCUGGGAAACCAGGGGGGAGGGGAGCUUGUUGCAGCAAGAGGUGGAGACACCCUGGCUUCUUCACCAGCCUGACUCAUCUCUGCCUCUUGGCCUCGCUCCUCUCCUGCUUCUGGACUUCUCUCUGCCACAGACUCUCCCUGCUCACUAAAGCCCGUUACCUCUUCAGCUUCCAAACACCACCACCUCCCAGUCUUCUUCACCUGACCACUCAUUGUCCCACCACCAAAACCCUGGGCUCUGAGCCUUCCUCCCUUAGGGGGUUCCCCAGCUGGUGCCUCACAUCAUUCCUCUGAGUCCAACCAGUCCAUGACAGAUCAGGAUGGAGUUUACUGUCCCUCCAUGACCAUCAAAUAGGAAAAUCUGAUUACCAGGGAGGAAACAAUUAGCAUUCCCAACAGAGCUGUGUCAACCUUUUUUCUUGCUGCCACUGCAGAAAUAUUUGCAGGGGCAGCGGCUGAUCUGGUAUCCAGACCAAGUGUUAGCCACCCUUGCCUUGAGCUAAGUGCACCUACUUGGUCAGCUAAAUAAAGAAAAGUCCUCUUUGAAAGCUGCAGGAUUUGUUUAUAAUGGGUAUGUCCUUUCAUUUUCUUUUUCUUUAAUAUAGCUACUCUGGUGAGAGGAGCUAGACAUUUACAUCUUCCUUUUUCCUUUUUUGAACUGUAAGUAUUUUUUUAAGUACAGUAGAAAACAAGUAAAACUUUGAGGAACUCAUCUUCUGGAGUGUUAAACCUGUUCAAUUUGGAGAGUGAGAACAGUUGAUUAGCCCUUGCUGUGCCUGGAUGAGAAAUCCUUGUAUUAAUAUCUUGCUCUUAUGGGACCCUUCUCCCUUCCAACUUCAUCAAACUUGGCACAACUGAUGCUACAUGGAUUCAAGAAUGUAUUUGGGUACUAUAACCAGCUUACUUGUGAGAUCGUCUUAUCCCAUAUGUGCUUAAUCAACUGCUUUGAUCUGCAGUUUUUUGUUUAGAUAAGCCUACCCAGCUAGGUGGAAUGUUUGCAAGGUGCUUUGAUCUGUUGUUAGCUUAUCACUGAUUUUAAUUAUUAUUUGAAUCUUUUAAAUAGCUGUUAACUGCUUUUAAUGAUGUGACUUUAUUCUUGUUGUGAACCAUUUUGAGGUGCUUACAAUUACAUUUUAUGAAUUUUUUUUUUGUCCUUCUCUCCAGAGGCUCUCCUAUAUUUUAUCAGCUCUGGAAAUCUACUGCAAAGGUUUGCGGACCAUCCUAAUCUACCAAUGGCAAAAAAAUAUUCAAAAUGUCACUGCAAGAUCACCACAGGGAUUCUCCAGAAGGAGCAACAGAAUACAUACCUUUUUAAAAUGCAGAAAUGCUUUUAGAAAUACUUUUCCAAUAAAAUUUCUAUAAAUCCA